AACAUCUCCACACAUUUUGUCACUUUUCUCUAGUGUCAGAUCAGAUUGACAGUGAUUUAAAGAGAGAGAGAAAGACGUAUUUUCAUGCAUUUCUCUGUCUUGAAGAGCCCAAACCCCUGCAUUUCAAGUAAUCUAACGAAUCCAACCUGCCGAGAGAGAAGAAGUCACGGUCCUCCAGGAUCCUCUAUCAGGACCCGUCAGUCUCAAUCUCCCCCUGGCCUUCUCAGGUGGGUUCACUUAGACACAUCAAACAGGCUUACACCCAAAACAAAAUAGAAUAAGAUAUUACAACUCGUGUAAUUGUGAUUGUUAAAAAUGUUAAGCUUUGUUAAUUGUUUAAAAAAGAAACUACCUGGCUGUACGUGGUUCCAAAGUUCGUCUGCAGUGCAUUUUCCCUAGAUAUGGACAGCACAACAGGAUUCGCCCGGACCCCUGUCAAUCACAACCACACCAACAGCAGCUGUUCCCGUGACAAUGUGCUGAAGACUGUGGUGUUUCCUGUUCUCUACUCCCUCCUCUUCCUGUUGGGCCUGUCCCUUAACGGCCUGGCAGUGUGGGUGUUCUUCAGCAUCCCCAGCCGCUCCCACUUCAUCAUCUACCUCAAGAACAUUGUGGUGGCCGACGUCCUCAUGACCCUCACCUUCCCCUUCAAGGUGCUGUCUGACUCCAACAUGGCGUCCGUGGGUCUGCGUGUCUUCGUCUGUCGUGUCUCCUCUGUGCUCUUCUAUCUCACCAUGUACAUCAGCAUCCUCUUCUUUGGCCUCAUCAGCAUCGACCGCUGCAGGAAGACCCUCCAGCCUUUCAAGGGAACCAACGCGGCUCGUCUGUCCCACAGGAAACUGCUCUCUGGGGUUAUCUGGUGCUCCCUGCUGGCCCUCUCCCUGCCCAACAUGGUCCUGACCAGCCGCAGCCCCACCUCAGUCUACUUCAAGUGCAGUGAUCUGAAGACGGCGGCUGGGCUGCAUUGGCAUGAGGUGGUCAACCAUGUGUGCCAGGUCAUCUUCUGGGGCAACCUGGUGACGGUGAUAGUGUGUUAUGCCCUCAUCACCAAAGAGCUGUACAGUUCCUACGCCCGCGCCAACGCUUACCGUGCUGGUGGAGCCAGCAGAGCUGGUACUGGUAAAGGGCAGCGCCAGCCCCAGAGAAAGACUGUGAGUUCAAACGUCUUCCUGGUGCUGGCUGUGUUCUUUGUGUGUUUCGUGCCGUUCCACUUCUCUCGCGUGCCGUACACCAUGAGCCAGACCCGGGGACGCAUGUUUGACUGUAACCUCAAGCUGUUCUUCUUCCAAUUAAAAGAGAGUACACUCUGGCUGUCCUCCCUCAACUCCCUCCUGGACCCUCUCAUCUACUUCUUCCUGUGUAAGUCCUUCAGGACCACCCUGUUCAAAACGCUCCGUCUCCCACCUGGGACCUGUAGCUGGCUCACUGGGAGAGGGCCGGACCCCAACACAGGCAGUACCCCUCUGGGAGACUCCUCUGCUUGUCUGUAGCGAACUAAAGCGCUCUUCUGAAGGACUUCCAUGUAUUGUGGUCUGAUGAAUGUUUCACAGAGGAUCAUACUGCCCUCUACUGGAAGGCUGACGGAAACAUCAACUGUGUAUUGAUUGUAGCUCUGUCUGGGCAAUGGAAAGAGUAGAGUAGGAAACUCUGCACAGACCAGUGAUAAUUACAAUAAUAUGCAAACCAGUCUGUAACACCAGUCUGUAACACUAGUCUGUAACACCAGUCUGUAACAUUUUGUAGAAUGUCAUAACCCCCUCUAAACGUCACCAUAACCUCAUGCCAAAGGAAAUCACCUAAUCACCAUGUCUCUCUCAUAACAGCUUAGUUCCCCAUACCGGCAUUCUGCUUUGACCUCGUUAUUUUUUAGGCUUCAGGAACUGAAACAAGAGAUACAGUGCCUUGCGAAAGUAUUCGGCCCCCUUCAACUUUGCAAACUUUUGCCACAUUUCAGGCUUCAAACAUAAAGAUAUAAAACUGUAUUUUUUUGUGAAGAAUCAACAACAAGUGGGACACAAUCAUGAAGUGGAACGACAUUUAUUGGAUAUUUCAAACUUUUUUAACAAAUCAAAAACUGAAAAAUUGGGCGUGCAAAAUUAUUCAGCCCCCUUAAUUAAGUUAAUACUUUGUAGCGCCAACUUUUGCUGCGAUUACAGCUGUAAGUCGCUUGGGGUAUUUUAUCCCAUUCCUCCUUGCAAAACAGCUCGAGCUCAGUGAGGUUGGAUGGAGAGCAUUUGUGAACAGCAGUUUUCAUUUCUUUCCACAGAUUCUCGAUUGGAUUCAGGUCUGGACUUUGACUUGGCCAUUCUAACACCUGGAUAUGUUUAUUUUUGAACCAUUCCAUUGUAGAUUUUGCUUUAUGUUUUGGAUCAUUGUCUUGUUGGAAGACAAAUCUCCGUCCCAGUCUCAGGUCUUUUGCAGACUCCAUCAGGUUUUCUUCCAGAAUGGUCCUGUAUUUGGCUCCAUCCAUCUUCCCAUCAAUUUUAACCAUCUUCCCUGUCCCUGCUGAAGAAAAGCAGGCCCAAACCAUGAUGCUGCCACCACCAUGUUUGACAGUGGGGAUAGGGUGUUCAGGGUGAUGAGCUGUGUUGCUUUUACACCAAACAUAACGUUUUGCAUUGUUGCCAAAAAGUUCCAUUUUGGUUUCAUCUGCCCAGAGCACCUUCUUCCACAUGUUUGGUGUGUCUCCCAGGUGGCUUGUGGCAAACUUUAAACGACACUUUUUAUGGAUAUCUUUAAGAAAUGGCUUUCUUCUUGCCACUCUUCCAUAAAGGCCAGAUUUGUGCAAUAUACGACUGAUUGUUGUCCUAUGGACAGAGUCUCCCACCUCAGCUGUAGAUCUCUGCAGUUCAUCCAGAGUGAUCAUGGGCCUCUUGGCUGCAUCUCUGAUCAGUCUUCUCCUUGUAUGAGCUGAAAGUUUAGAGGGACGGCCAGGUCUUGGUAGAUUUGCAGUGGUCUGAUACUCCUUCCAUUUCAAUAUUAUCGCUUGCACAGUGCUCCUUGGGAUGUUUAAAGCUUGGGAAAUCUUUUUGUAUCCAAAUCCGGCUUUAAACUUCUUCACAACAGUAUCUCAGACCUGCAUGGUGUGUUCCUUGUUCUUCAUGAUGCUCUCUGCGCUUUUAACGGACCUCUGAGACUAUCACAGUGCAGGUGCAUUUAUACGGAGACUUGAUUACACACAGGUGGAUUGUAUUUAUCAUCAUUAGUCAUUUAGGUCAACAUUGGAUCAUUCAGAGAUCCUCACUGAACUUCUGGAGAGAGUUUGCUGCACUGAAAGUAAAGGGGCUGAAUAAUUUUACACGCCCAAUUUUUCAGUUUUUGAUUUGUUAAAAAAGUUUGAAAUAUCCAAUAAAUGUCGUUCCACUUCA